AUGGUGCGCGGCCACGCCAAACAACAAGCGCAAGAAGCGGCCAAGAAGAAAGCUGACGCUGCCAAAGGCGGCAAGUCCCAAUUGGGCGAGGCAAGAACCAAAGGGUUGAAGUUCACUUGUCCCGUUUGCAAGGGUCAAAACCCCAACUACAAAGUCCUCAAGGAGCACUUUGAGAACAAGCAUCCGAAGGACACGUGUCCUCCCGAAAGCUCAUUCACCGCUUAA